AUGAUGUCCAAAAAGCAGCUCGCUUGUAUGCUGGCCCUCCACAUAGUAUACCUCCUGGUGGGAGCCAGCAUAUUUUACCAUAUAGAGAGUCCGCUGGAGCUGGCUCAAAGGGCCGAAGAAAAACUGGAAAGACUUGAAAUCCAAAACCUUCUCUACGAGAACUACAUCCCCGACGACCCCGAGAAGCAGGACAGCAUCCUGCGCAAGCUAUCGGACUACUGCGGCAAGUCCAUGUUCAACUACACCACGGAAGACGCCGAGCCACCCUUCAAGUGGGACUUCUAUCACUCCUUCUUCUUCUCCUAUACCGUUGUCAGUACUAUCGGUUACGGUAAUCUGGCUCCAACCACUCACCUGUCCCGAAUCCUGAUGAUCUUCUACGGCCUGUUCGGGAUACCCAUCAACGGUAUCCUGCUCGCAAACCUCGGUGAAUACUUUGGGAUGCAGCUCAUAUCAGUCUACCGAAAAUACAAGAAACGCAACGAGAAACGUGCAGACAACCUGGACUACUUCUUCAACAACCUUGGCAUGCUGGGCCAGAUCUUCCUGUACUUGGUGCCAGGGUUCCUGUUCUUCAUCUUCCUGCCCGCUUGCAUCUUCGUCGUCUUCGAGGGCUGGGACUAUGUCGCGUCGAUAUACUACGCCUUCGUCACGCUCACUACGAUUGGUUUUGGAGACUUGGUUGCAGGCACAGUCAACAACGGGUUCAAAUACGGCUACUUCUUCACGUACCAGAUCUUCCUGAUAGUCUGGAUCACCUUCGGCCUCGGCUACAUCGUGAUGCUUCUCGGUUUCAUCACCAGCGGUAUGAGGUCCGAGCGAGUGCACCGCCUCGAGCAAAAACUCUCCAACCAGUUCAAAUCCACACAGAACAGAAUCUUGCAAGGAUUUACCCGAGACAUCGCAACCAUCAGAAAAAUCAUUAACGAAGCAAAUCUGAUAAAAUUAAAGCCUGUCUACGUGGAAGCCGCUCCAUACCUUUACAGAAGUGCGAGCUGUCCAAACUUCACAUUUGAUGUUGAGCCCCGAGUGCCUACAUUCAAAAGAAAACGAGCAAAUUCAGAAAAUAUACAACUUUCUGCCAAGGAUAUGCUUCGAAUACAAUCCGAUACAGAUUUACUAGGAAUUGAUAAGGAAAAAACAUUCACAGCCUCAGCAAUCGUUAAGCCAGCUGAGUUACUGGCAAGAGUUGUGAAUGUUCUUGGAGGCUUAGAGCCGCAGCAAGAAAAAGGAGUUCAUAUGUUUGAUGAUGACCACAUACUCGCUAGUGAAAGACCACCAAUGUUUAGUAUUGGAGAGAAAAAUAUUAUCAGCAACUCACCAAAGAGAACUCGAGCCUUGAGCGUGGCUGUUCCAAAUUACAGAAAAGAAUCUGUAACGUCACCUGUAAAUAUGGACCACGAUUUUACUUGGACAAAUGGAGAUACAGCGGAGAAGUUUAGAAGAGAAGCUAAUUAUAGGAGUGGUAAACUAUCUUUACCCACACAUGUGGCGCCGGAGGUAACUGAGGAGCAACCGAGAAAUUUACUUUCUAGACUAUUUAGGAAAUCAAGUUCAACGGAAAGUCCAGCGGAAUAUAUUAAAAACACAAUGAAAGGCAGAUCUAGUGGAGCGCAAGAGGAACCUAAAUCUAAACCUAGACGUGGCAGUAUAUUUCCGACUUUCAAUCUGGGAGGUGGAGAAAAGACUGAAGAGCAUUCUUAUAUAGAGAAAACUAAACGAGGCCGACACAGCAUUUUCCCAUCAUUCGAUUUUUCAGAAGACGAAGAUACAGCAGCAGUUAAAGCGUAUCAACAAAAAACGAAAAGGCACAGCAUUUUCCCUACUUUUGAUUUCAGUGAGGACGACGAAGAUAGUGCUGCUAAAUCUUAUAAAGAAAAAACUAGAUCGGGUAGGCAUAGCAUAUUUCCCAAAUUCGAUUUCAGUGACCUCGAAGACUCAGAUUCAGCGACACGUUACAAAGAAAAAACUAAACGAGGUAGACAUAGUAUUUUCCCUACUUUCGACUUCAGUGCUGAUGAUGACGAAGACGAUGAUAUAAUUGACGAGGAUGAAGUCCAGAAAUAUCACAACCGAACAAAGAAAGGUAGACUCAGCUUAUUUCCUACGUUUGGAAGGUCUAAAAAGAGUGACGAUGAGGCUAUGCCUGAAAGUUCUGAUGAACUAGUAGAAUACAAAAAGAAAACUAGUCAUGGCCGAACUAGUUUGUUCCCGACCUUUGGCAAAGACCGCAAAACUAGCGCAGCAGAGGCCGGACCUAGUAGUGAUUUAGAAGCAAGUAUCAAACAAUAUCAGGAACAAACGAAACGAGGACGCAAAAGCUUGUUUCUAUCAUUUGGUAAAGAUCGUAAAUCAAGCGCAGCUGAAGACGGUCCCAGUGAUUUAGAAGCAAGUAUUAGAGAAUAUCAAAACCAGACGAAACGCGGUCGAAAUAGCUUAUUUGCAGGUGACAUCGACAAGUAUAGAACGUCCACAGCUGGUGGUCGUGGAAGUUUAUUCGAUGACGAGCUGGAAAGAUAUAAGAACAAAACUAAACGAGGCCGCGGAAGUCUAUUCGAUCCCGACGUCAACAUGGCAGAGCUCCCUGAAAAGGAACAGGUUAAAGUUCUCGAACAAACAAGUGUUGCAGAUCUUAUACGUGCACUAGCUGUUUUAGAAACUGCCUCAGGAAGCGCUGAGCCUGCGGGGUUGUUAGAUUUCAUAACUGAGCCAGCUCCAUCAAAUACGAGAAGACGUGGUUCACUGAGACCCGACUUCGUUAUGCCUAUUGUGCCUAGGGAGGAGCCAGAAGAAGUGGUUGGUCCUCGACGCAGAAGAGUUUCUGCCAGGGCCGCGGCCCCUCACUUCGCGCCAACCUUACAAACCGUGGUUGCUGGGGCUGAAUUGCAAAUAACUGCAGCAGCUGCCAGAGAGAAUCGGAUGACCAUGAUUGCUCCUCCGCCUUACUCCGAAACUGAUACAAAUAACGGAGAAGAAGCACAGAAACCCCGAGUAAGAAGGUACUCCCCAGCACCUGGUGACCCAUCUCGUCCCAGCACUGGGCCGGUACCCAGACUCUUUUCACGCAUGCGCAAAGAAAGCGGUACUCCUGAAGAAGGGAGCUCCAGACGAAAUAGUCUUACAGACAUUGUGAUAGACAAUAAUAAAGACGUAACCUAG